AUGUCUGGCUCGAACAUGGCAGCAAAACCCUUGAAAAGGGCUCGACAAGGUGAGGCAGAUGAGCAAGAAAGAGUCGUCAGGAACCGCUCAAGCGUUGCUUGUCAAGCGUAUGCCAAGACCAGGUGCGACAUCAACCCGUUCGCGCCUCCGUGUACGCGUUGUGCUGCUGCGUCAAUUCCCUGUCACGUCCCAGAAAGCCGUAGAGGGCGCAUGAAGGGGAGCAAGAAUUUCCGAACAUGGCAGCAAAUCUUGGACGUCGAACAUACAGCAACAUCCGAAAGUUCACACGAGAAAUCUAAUCCCCACUCGCACUCGGGACCCGACAAUGUGGGACAAGAUGGCGGCGAAAGUUCAGAGCCUCACGGACCGGGAGCAAUCACGCCGCUGGAUCCUCACAACUUGAUGAGGAGCCUCGAUCAGAAUUUGCAUGGCAACUCGAGCCGUUUCACGAGAAAGCUGCUACGAUUUCUGGGGGAACAAUUUCCGGUGGGCAAUGAAAGAGAACCACAGAAUAUAAAUGAGGUAUCGGGUGGUUUCCAAGACCUGUUACCAUCCAUCACUAAGAUCGCCAAGCAAGGAUGGGUGCUGGACGAGAGUGGACUGGCCAAGAGAAUUCGUCAUGUCACUUCGCUACCUACCACCGAGUUACCACUAGAGGAUGCGCAGCUGCUGAAGCACUGGACGCCGCAGGCUCUGCAACAGGUUGUUGGUGAAAUGACGAGGUACUUUGAGUAUGGCCUCAGGGGCUCUAAGCACGACGUAGCGAGGGACAUUGACCCUCUACAAAGAGGCAUGAUAACCGAAUCCAGGGCCACGGCAUUGUUCAAAGCAUACUUCAAAAUGGUUCAUCCUCAGUGGUCGAUGCUUGAUCCCAACUUACACACGCUCGACUUUGUCCGCCAUCAAUCUGCCCUUCUCACUACCACUAUCUUGGCACUUGGCUCUAUUGCCAUCGCAACUCUGCCAGAAAGCGAUGACGGCCAGGUUGUUGAGGCCCUGAAUUUACGUGCUCACGCCGAGAAGCUGAGUCUAGUCGUCUACUCGACGGGUGCGCGCUCCUUGGAGAUAUAUCGAUUUUCCACGUUUUCUGGCCGUGCUCCCCUGGACAUGUCCUAUUUUGAGCUCCAAGAAGCUGAUAUACAAUCUAUUUCUGCCCUUGGUGCUGAUAACCCAUCUUCUAGUCUGCCAGCAUUGUAUCAUCUCUAUCUCUUCCAGAGAGAAGUCGGACGAAGGCUUGGAACAGCCUCCUCGGCGGCCUCUUCCACCGCUUUGCAGCUCGAGGCCGAUUUGGCCUGGGUUGUGCAUUAUACCGAGACAUGGGUCACAAGGUGGUGCGUUGGAAAUUCCAACCCUGGUGUCCGCUGGCAUCUUGUUCAUGAUGCACUGAGCUGCCAGCUUCUUAUGUCAUCUCGAAUUAUUGGCCGACUACCGCAAACUGAGGGACAGGCGGCCCAUAAGAAAUAUUUGCUGGAUAUAGCCAUCCGCAUUUUCCAAGAAGCCCUCGACGCUCCUCAAGGAACGCACAUGACGCACCGGGCUAGUAUAUUUCCUUUCGCGGGUGCUCUAAUUCUUCAAUGCAGUGAUAGGCGUGACCUUGUCCUUCGACUUGCCCUUCGAAUGGCCGGUCGCCCUGACAAGCAGUAUGUGCCUACCUUUAUACGAAGUGCUGGCAACCAGCUGCUAGCCAUGCUUUGUUCAAAUCAUGAUCAGCCUCGGCCACGGACGCAGCCAGUGAAGAAACCGUUCCAGACACCCAACUUUGAGAAAGAGAGCUGUCCAGAGGAUGAGGCACGUAAAACGGAACAUCACGCAAUCCCUCGAGAUUAUGUUCAAAUCAACACCCAACCUUCAGGCUCUAAGUGUAGCUCAGACCUUGAUACUGACUUAGAUCUGGCUCCGUCCUCGCAGAGCCAUGGCUUCGAAGUCGCCCGAGAGAAUGCAGUAUCAUCAGAGCGCAGUCGUGGAGCUACGCUACGAACUGACGAGCACAAUACACAGGCGACUGGGCUGCAACAACCAGCAGAGAUGCCGGAGUCCGAAGACUUUGCAGUCAAUAUGGCAAUCCCAUUCUCCCAAGAGACUGCAGCCAAUACCCAGGAAAACAUUCACCUCAACACGGCUCAGACUCAUACCGGAGACUUUCUCAGCCUUGAUACCUGCUGGGAUUUUCCAUGUGCCCCUACCACGUUAAGCCCAAAUGUAUCUCUCUUCGUUUCGCACGAGCCCAUUACGGACCUUGAAAUGUUGAUGAGAGGGGGCCAAGUUUGGUCUUAUGAGGACGUGAGCCAGCAACAAGAUGCAUUUGCUUCCAUAGCCCCAGCUGAAACAAGCCCACCGUUACAGCAAUACUUGGGUGUCUUCUCAAGGUCUGCGGGGAACUAUUUGACCAACGAAUACGUAAACUUGGCACCAGGUGAUGGCGAGUUUGGAACAAGGCCGCCAAGAUGGGACACCUGUUCCCCUGUGUACAUCGACCCCACUGCCGGUGGUGAUGGGCAGCAGACGUUGGAAGAGCGUCAGGAGUAUCGACAGACUCUUUUCCAGACCAUCGGUCGGCUCCUGGAGAUAGCAUCGGCAUCUUGA